AUGUUCUGUAUUGGCAUAUCUUUUGUUGCUUUGGUCUUUGCUGCUCUCUUCGCCAUUGCUGCUGCCCAUCCUGGCUACUCACCUGUAGUCUUGUCCGGACACUCUCACUAUGUACAACCUACCCACUAUUCGGCUCCAGUGGUUAAAACUCUUGUAGCUCCUGUAGUUCACAGUGCUCCAGUUGUUCAUACCCCAGUUGUCAAGAGUGUAGUCCACUCUACACACUUGGUACACUCUGCUCCUUUGGUGCACUCUGCUCCUUUGGUGCACUCUGCUCCUGUGGUUCACUCUGCUCCUUUGGUGCACUCUGCUCCUUUGGUGCACUCUGCUCCUUUAGUGCACUCUGCUCCUUUGGUGCACUCUGCUCCUGUGGUUCACUCUGCUCCUUUGGUGCACUCUUCUCCCUUGGUCCAUUCUCAUUCCUUGUACCACUCCUAUGGCGCUGUUCCAGUCAAGACCUACGCUUCUGCUUAUGCUCCAUUCAAAAACUAAAUUAGUUUUUUCAGAUUAAUUUUGUAGUUUUGAAAAAUGAACUGAUUGUUAUUUUUAGAAAUAAGUUAGUAAAUAAAUGCGUUAAUUUUUUAUUAAAAAUUUA